AUGGCUGGGUUUGGGAAACAGCUGUCGUGCAUUCUGAGCAGCAUACUGCUGCUGUUUUGCGGAGGGUUGCACAUCGGCUGGAGUAUUAUGCACAUGAACAUGCAAGGCAACGCAUGGGCGGUUGGAAUUUCGGUGGAUGAAUAUCGCUUCGCAAUCCUGUCCUUCUUUACCGGCUGCGGUUUCAUCAUACUGAUCGUGGCAGCUACAAAGCAGUUACUUCCAACUCGCAUCUGGUUAGUGCUUUCGUCGCUCUUUUUCAUCAUCAACGGUGCAUUUUUCACCGCGAUGCCGACUUACUAUGCCGCAACGGUGGCGACAAGAAUUAUAGCAGGAUUCGGACAUGGUAUCUGCCACGUAGUGUCGAUUAUCUACGUGGGUGAAAUAGCUUCCCGCAACUACCGUGGCAAACUGGUUGCAAUUCUCGUAUCGUCCAUCAUCGGAGGAAUCGCCUUAUUCACCGUCCUGUCUAUGGUCACGACCAAUCCGGUGUUUAUCGUAGAACCAAACAUGCACGCGAACCGUGCGGUCGGAAUUGUCAUUCUAUCGCUCAGCGUAUUAGCGCUCGUGCCCGCCUGGUUCCUGGUGGUUGAAUCUCCGCUCUACCUGCUCACGACAUCGGGCAAUGAAACGGAAGCGAGAAGCAAUUUGAUCAAACUUCGCGGAAUGUCCAUGGAAACCCCAUCGAUAAUGGAUGAGUUUGAAGACAUGAAAACACUUGCGUCGGAAAGCGAAAGCCUUUCGCCGUUCUUCCUCACACAGGGCAAUUUUCCGCCGUUCCAGCUGGUGUUGUUGGUGAAGCUUGCCAACCUGCUGUUCUUCAACUACUCCAUGAAUGCAGCUAAGAUGUUGCUGAUGUCACAAAUGUUCACCCUGACGUUGUUUACACACAAUUGGGCCCCGCCCCUGUUGAUGCUGAGCAAAUUCGCAGGUUCCGUCUUUGCCAUUUUAAUCAUCGAUAUUUUACCGAGACGGUUCAUGUACGGAAUUUCGUCUACUUUUACCGGUACAUUCAUGCUUGCACUCGGUAUUAUUCUAGCGACGUACGACAGUGUCGAAACAUAUAUAGCUCCAUUCCUAUAUAUCACGGCGGAAGUUUUCAACACCUUCGGCAUGCUGCCAGUGUCAGAGAUCAUGCUCUCUGAAGCAUUCCCACCCAAAAAGCGAGCCCUUUCCGUAUCGUCUAUUCUGAUAUGCGAGUAUGUUGGCCACAUGGUGGUGUACAUUAUCUAUUUCAACGUGCCAAGCACCCUGACCAACACGUAUAUCAAGACGCUAGUGUUUGCGGGGGUGAUUUUGCUCAAAUGCGUCAUUGCAGUACUAACGAUUCCGGAUGCGCGAAACACCUAUCCACGGGAAGCGGUUCAUUCGUACAUGCACAAGAAAAAAUAA